GACACACACACACACACACACCCAGACAGCUGGCCACUUGGCACGAGACGCUCUCUCCCCCGCACCCGCCUCCUCCCGACCCUCUCCAGCCGCGCCAGCUCAACAGAUCCUCGAGAUGAGCUCAUUGUCAUCGAUCAAGGCGUCUGCGCUGCUGCUGUUGGCAGCGGCGCAGCUCGGGUGCGGUCAGGAUUUGACGUCUUGUGAGCCAUCGACCAAUGGUGCCUUCGACUACCAGGUCACGCCAACGGAUGGAUUCGACGUGCACUGGUCGGUGGAUACCGUUGCUGAGACGAUAUCUGUUGAGGUCGUGAGCACGGCAGUCGCGUGGACGAGUCUGGGCUUCUCUUCUGACUUAAUGAUGAUCGGAUCGGACGCCGUCAUCGGCCUGCCUGACGAGUCUGCCGUCGAGGAGUACGACCUGAUCUCCCAGACGACCGCGGGAGUGCUGCCCUCCGCAACGCAAGAUAUCACCGGCGGCUCGGUUAGCCAAGACGCGUCUGGCACGACCCUCUCCUUCACCCGGCCCCUAGCCCCCGCGAACAAGCAGGCCAUCUCGGGAACUCCCGGGGACGAGACCAUAUUCCUCUACGCCUUCGGCGGGGACAACGAGCUCGGGUUCCACGGACUGGCCCCCAACCGGGGGUCCUUGGUCUUGGAUCUCUUCUGCGGGGACGGCGGCGACGGCGACGGUGCGACGGUCGCUGGAACACCUGCCCCGACCGUCGGCGGAACUCCCACCGCUUCGGAGGCCUCCUCUGCGGCACCGAUCGCCGCCGACACGCCGACGGCGGCGCCCACGAUCGCUGGAACGCCUGCCGCGACCGGCGGCGGAACUCCCGCCGCUUCGGAGGCCUCCUCUGCGGCACCGAUCGCCGCCGACACGCCGACGGCGGGGCCAACGAUGGCGGUGUCAGGAACGCCUCCGUCUUCGACCCUCUCCGUGGCGCCGACGACUUUGGAGUCAGAAACGGGCUCCUCCUCCGCUCCCUCUGCGGCACCCACCGGCGUCGAGGGGUCCACAUCCUCGCCCACGGGGGCUGCAGGGAUGACGGGCUCGGAAACCAUGGCGCCCAGCGCCGCCGAUGGUGACAGGGGCGUCGAUGUUCCCGGAGAGACUCGCGCUCCUACCGAUGCCUCCGAUUCGCUGCUGAUUACCGAAAGCCCGUCGGCGGCGGGGGAAGGCCUGGUGGAGGAGGAGACGGACGGCGCUCUCCGCGUGGGAGGCGGGGGCAGGUGGGCGGCGGCGGCGGCGACUGGGUUCGUGACGGUGCUUGCCGUCCUGUCGUCGCUCUAGUGCGGCAGCCAGGCGGGGGCGUGAGCGGUAAUCACAUUGAAAUCACAUUGAAUGUUUUGCUUUUUGGUCUUCGGACGCACGCACGCACGCACACAAGCACGCGUAGAAUAUAGUCUGCUGUCUUUUAGUUUGUUUCUUUUGCUGCAUGUCUGCGGUGCGUCCAUAUGUACCCUUCCUCAAUAUGUGGGGAUCUGUUUCUCAACAAAUGCUGUAGGACGUCCACCUUCACUGCUGUGUCUGCGUUGAUGUUGUCAAUUCUCAUUUUUGCGUGUGGUGCCGUGGUUGCUCAUUCAGGGCACGGCGGGGCCUUUAUAUUUGUCGCAUCACUUGCCUUUGUCAGAGUGCGUUGUGGCCUACUCUCUUUGUUCAUUCAGUCCCAGUGCAGACCUUGCCUCUCGCGCAUGAUGUUAAUCGGCGUCUGGCCUACUCUCUUUGUUCAUUCAGUCCCAUUGCAGACCUUUGCCUCUCGCGCAUGAUAUUAAUCGGCGGCGAUCAAAGUGUGUUGUGCGCCCGUGCAUGGUUGCGAUGUUUUGCGUUGGUCUGCGUUAGUUGACCUACGUGCGCGGAGAUAAAUAAGUUAAGUAGCGUGAAGUCUAGGCAGCGUGCGAACCUUGGUGCGCGUUGUGCGAAAAACUCGGCGGGGGAUAGGAAUAUGGGCUGCGACGAGAGUCCGGCUUCGGUGACAUUUUAUAUUCCUCUUUGAGGCCUGAGAAAGACCGCCGCAGGCAUUUUUCAUUUAGCCGCUAGGGAAUGUAGGAUCAUUGCAGCACUUGAUAAGGUGAUGCGGUUGGAAUACAAGGUGUCAAUAAUGCAUUUUUGGCUGUUCGGUUAACAACGAUGUUGACGUUAUGACUUCGACCAAUUUGUAUGGGUGUGGUGUUGAUGGGGAGCGUUACCGGCGGUAGAUACGAGUGCGAGAGAGCUGUAUGGUUUCCUGCGAAUACUCGAGGUCGUCCUCGGUAUAUGCACAGUCUGUUGCUUUGGGUGUAUGUAGCAGGCGUUCCGAAACAGAAAGUGUGUUCUGUUUCGCGGAGGAAUGCUUCCCGGACGGCGCCAGCUGUCUGCUGGCCGCCCGUACACACGGCAUGUUGGUUGAAGGACAAUGCAUACUAGAUUUGUGUCGCAGCUUGCCUCGUGCAACCGUGCCUGCUGGUCCUCUACGAGUUAUUAUUUAUGUUUUGAGGUGGUAUCUCGCUUCCACCGGGUGUUGCAAACGCGGAAUUCCGGUUUUGAACGUAACGUGAACACGUAGAGAGCACAGACGAGAUGAAGAACCGCACACAACUAAUCAAUACCUGUUUGGUUGAAGGAACAAUGCAUCCUGCAGUGACUCCCUGUCCAUCGAGGACCAGGGAAGGAAAAUAAUAACAACGUCAUAUGCUAGG